AUCAAUUCGGUGCAUUUCUUUUCUACAAGAGUUUCGAAGACAACAGUGCACACUGCAAACGGUAAAGCUCGCCCAUUUCAGUUUCAGUUGAAGCUCAACUUUUUUUUGUUUUUCUUAAAUAUUUUGGUAAGGUGGCACUUCAGUUGGCUUAUUGAGUUGGGUUUUCAGCAGUGCCAGUGCAUCAUCAAUUUCUUGUGGAAUAUUAUAGCAAUCAAAAUGGAGCCUGACAGGUUAAACUCCCCCACUACAUUUACCAUGAACUUAGAAGUUUUGGGCCAUGACUUACAGUUCGCUCAGGAUCCAAAUUCAAAGCAUUUAGGAACUACAGUUUGGGAUGCAUCACUGGUGUUUGUGAAGUUUCUGGAAAAGAAUUGCAGAAAGGGAAGGUUCUCCCCAGCUAAGCUUAAAGGAAAACGUGUCAUUGAACUUGGAGCAGGUUGCGGAGUAGCUGGGUUUGGCAUGGCAUUACUGGGUUGCGAUGUGGUUACAACAGAUCAAGUGGAGGUUUUGCCAUUACUAAUGAGAAAUGUUGAACGGAAUACUUCAAGGAUCACACAAAUGAAUUCUGACUCAUUUGGUUCGAUCGAGGCAGCGGAGUUGAGCUGGGGAGAUAAGGAUCAUAUAAGAGCUGUUGGUCCACCAUUUGACUACAUUAUUGGCACUGAUGUUGUGUAUAAAGAAAAUCUCUUGGAACCACUGUUGCAGACAAUGUUUGCAUUAUCAGGGCCUAAAACUACAAUUUUGAUUGGGUAUGAGAUUCGGUCUACAAGUGUCCAUGAGCAAAUGCUUCAAAUGUGGAGAAGAAACUUCGAUGUGAAAACUGUUCCAAAUUCUAAGAUGGACGGUACCUACCAGCAUCCAGAUAUUCAACUUUACAUUAUGACAUUAAAGCCUCCAGAGGGGUAUGCAGACAAUGCAGUUGAGGUGAUUGAUGAGAAAGACGAUGAAGUGGAGGCUGGAGAGGAAGAAGCGGCUAAGGUGAUUGAUCAGAAAGUUGAUGAAGUUGAGACAAGUGCAGAAAACACAGUUAAGGUGAUCGUUGAGAAAGAUGAUGAAGUCGAAAGCAGCAAGGAAAAAGGUGAAAACAGUUCUCUUGAUGAAGAGGUUGAGGAAGAUUGUGAGCCAGUGAGAAGACCGCAGAGUGGUAAACUUACUGAUUGGGAAGCUAGAAGAUAUGGCUCAAUGGCUGCAAGGCUUCUGCACGAUAUCAAAAUUACUUAGGUUAUAGGUUUAUAUGAUGUAUCUUGUGCUGUCAUGUUGCUUGCGUUGUUGGGUUUCAAAUACUAAUCUAGUUUCUUGCUUUAA